GUGAUGAUGAGCCGGGUUUAAGACUCCUGCCCUAGUAGGCAACACUUCUUUUCAGUGAAAUUCCAGGUCUAAGAUAAUUUUAUAUAUGUAGUCAGAAAAUGAUGUUAUACUAAUUAUUCUUAGCAACUUUUGCUUUUCCUUUUUUCUUUUCUUAUUUCUCUACAAUAGUUUAUGCCAAAGUGGCUUCAUUCAUACGGAUGAACCAAGGAUUGGGCUAGCGCUAUACCAUUAGAAUCAGACAGCUGAUUGCCCAGCAGGAUGCCGUCGACUAUCCCAACAGAGGGCCUGAAGGACCCUGAAACUGCAGAGCUCUUCUUCAAAGAAGAUCCAGAGAAGCUCUUCACAGAUCUCAGAGAAGUUGGCCAUGGGAGCUUUGGAGCAGUGUACUCUGCACGAGAUGUGCACACCAGUGAAGUGGUGGCUAUCAAGAAAUUAUCUUAUACUGGAAUGCGGUCUACCAAGAAAUGGCAGGACAUUAUUAAGGAAGUCAGGUUUCUACAAAUAUUAAAACAUCCCAACAUUAUAGAAUACAAAGGCUGCUAUUUAAGUGAGCACACAGCAUGGCUUGUAAUGGAAUAUUGUAUAGGAUCUGUUUCAGAUUUGCUGAUAGUUCACAAAAAGCCAUUACAAGAAAUGGAAAUAGCAGCAAUUACACAUGGUGCUCUCCAGGGAUUAGCCUACUUACAUUCUCAUGCCAUGAUCCAUAGAGAUAUCAAAGCAGCAAAUAUCCUUCUGACAGAACAAGGCCAGGUGAAACUUGCUGACUUUGGAUUGGCUUCCAUGGUCUCUCCUGCCAGUUCUUUUGUGGGAACGCCGUAUUGGAUGGCCCCAGAAGUAAUUUUAGCCAAGGAUGAAGAACAACAAUAUGGUACCGAAGUAGAUAUUUGGUCUCUUGGAAUAACAUGUAUUGAACUAGCGGAAAUGAAGCCUCCUUUACGGAGUAAUAGUUCAGUAAGUGUCUUCAGUUGCAUAAUCAGAAGUGAAUCCCCUACAUUACAGUCUACUGAAUGGUGAGUAUGGCUGAGAGAUAUAUUGUUCACAUGGUAAAAUUUAAAUAUUUUUCAUAAUGUUAUCAAAAUGAUUUCAUUUCAAUGAGGUGAAGUGUAUAUAACCUGAAGAAAUAUUAAAAUAGCUU